UUCAUUGAAGCGUCACCAGUGGACUGUGGUGAUGGUAAGAUGGACAGUAUUUAAACAGCCCAGAAGCGCUCAUCACCAGUCAGCCACAGAAGCAAGCUUGGAGUCAAGAUGCCAAACUGGGGAGGAGGAGCCAAAUGUGCAGCCUGUGAGAAGACAGUGUACCAUGCAGAGGAGAUCCAGUGUAAUGCAAGGAGCUUCCACAAGACUUGCUUCAUCUGUAUGAGCUGCAGAAAGGGGCUGGACAGUACAACAGUUGCAGCGCAUGAGUCUGAGAUUUACUGCAAGUCCUGUUAUGGCAAAAAGUAUGGGCCGAAAGGAUACGGGUACGGGCAAGGAGCUGGUGCUCUGAGCUCUGAUCCUCCUGGACAGGACGCAGGCCCUCAGCCUCAUGACUCCAAACCUCGACCAGCCUCCUCAAAAUCCACCGCCAAUAAAUUGUCCCAGAAGUUUGGAGGUUCAGAUCGCUGCCCUCGAUGCUCCAAAGCAGUCUAUGCAGCAGAGAAGGUGAUGGGAGCAGGGAAGCCUUGGCAUAAAACCUGCUUCCGCUGCGUUCUGUGUGGUAAAAGCCUCGAGUCGACCACAGUGACAGAUAAGGAUGGAGAGCUGUACUGCAAAGUUUGCUAUGCCAAAAACUUUGGCCCCAAAGGAUUUGGACUCGGGAACGCUGCAAUGCUGGAGGAACGACAGUAAAAACAUGCUUUUAAUAAGCCUCCCACUCAUCAUGCGGCAGCUGUCUCAGGCGAGACAGACGUUCAGCUUUGCUCUGCUGUAAAUUCAAAGUUAUUUUUAAAAUUGGCUAAAUUGUUCUUGUGAUGGUUCAGUGCAGAAUAAAAGCAUUUUAUUACAUUAAAAUUGGUUUUAAUGCAGUUUAUUAAAAAACAUCUUGAAAGACUAAGAGCAGAGAGUAACAACAAGAGCUCAACAGCUUUCUGUUGUCUUUGUUACAUAUUAUAGUUUUGAUGAUAACAAACGUGCCUGAAUGUAUUUCGUCCCCUGUUAUUGUUGUGGUGCAAAGACUUUUCUUGCUAAACUGAAUUACUACAUCUUAUUUGCAUUCAUAAUUCUGUGCGCCCCCUUAAUAGAAAUAUCAAAUCAGCAAGCGAUUAACAAAUACAAUGAGUUAAUAUUUCCGGAACAAUUAUGUGUGGGCAGGCAAGCAGAGAGCGACACUGGAUGACUCGUUGAACCAACAUUACAGCGGCUAUCUUGUAUUAUUGAAUUAACGGAGCUGACGACACACAGAAAAAACAUUCAUCAGAUAAAAGUGUCUCCAAAUCAUGGCUUACAUUAAAUUUUAACAGAGUUACCUGUAA